AGUCUACCAAUGUGAAAACUUUGAGUACAAUCAACGCAGAAGGAUAGUAAGAGAAGACAUAGCGUGUAUUUCUAUACAGGCGCUGUUGUGGACGCGCGUCACUAAGGGUCCUGACGCUUUAAACGGUGAAGGAGCAGCGUUAGGGAUAUCAUGGCGGCGUCCACACGAACACAGGUGAUAUAUCUGUACAGGAUGAUGCUGACGGAGAGCAAGAAGUUCCCCUCGUACAACUACAGGACCUAUGCACUGCGGCGGGUGCGUGAUGCCUUCAGGGCCAACAGAAAGGUGGAGGAUCCAAAAGCUGUGGAGAGACUCAUGGAGGAGGGACGUCAGACACUGGCAAUGAUACAGAGACAGGUCACCGUAGGGAAGAUGUUCAGCACCCAGAAGAACGUGGUGGAGGGUUAGCGCUCGGCUGGAGGCGGACCCUUCCCCCCAUCCCACUCCCCCCACAGCGAACAACAGGAAGUGACAUCAGAGACCGGAGCCCUGACAUCAUCACCAACCUGCUACCUUCUUCGACCCAAACACUAGCUUCUCAUGUCGCUUAAACUCCUCGACUCCUCCACUUCAAUCACAAUAAGGGACAUGAGAAGCAGCCCAUGUGUCCUCUCUGAUGCGGCGGGGUGGAGCAAUGCAUUGUGGGAGAUGUAGGAGCGAGCGAAGUACCUGAUGUUUAGUCUUUAAGUUGAUUUUUGUUGUUUUCAUGGCUGCACCAGACUGGACCACUUCUUCAGUUUCCUCUUUCUGAGUCCACAGCUCACCGUUAGUUUCUUUAAGUUAAAAAAUGUGGACAGUUUUCGGGAUGUUUUUGGCCCUUUUUGCAAAAAAAUUUACCUUUUUUCGUGGUUUCUGCUGCUUGUUUUCGAUGUGCAGAAAUAAUAACGUCAAAGAUAUUUGACUUUUGGGUUAAAUAAAAGCAUGUCAGUCACCUCUACAUGUUUAAAUAUCAAACGGAUCAAACUGUUGGAAAAACAUUUGUUUCGACA